ACUAACCACCGUCAAAAAUUUUUAUUGCUUAUUUCAUUUACUAUUUCUAAUAAUAAUAAAAUAAUAACAAAAAUGCAAAAUAACGAAAAUAUAAAUGAAUGGACAAAUUGGAUUGAGGAGGCUAUUAUUAAACAACAUAUUAAAUAUUAUGAGUAUGAAAAUUUUAAAAAUAUUCAAGAAAUUGGUUCCGGGGCAUUUGGAAAGGUUUUUCGUGCAAAUUGGAAAAAUUUUGGCCAUUAUUUAGCAUUAAAAUCAUUUUAUAAUCUAAAUAACAUUACCUUAAAAGAAAUUGUUAAUGAACUUAAACUUCAACGAGAAGUAGAUUUUCAUGACAAUAUUAUUCGCUUUUAUGGAAUCACAAAAUUUGAAUCAGAAAAUAAAAUUGACCAAACAAAGAAUUAUUUGUUAGUAAUGGAAUACGCUAACGAUGGUACUCUUCGUGACUAUUUAAACAAAAACUUCAAUAGUCUUAGUUGGGAUGAUAGGUAUAAUUUAGCACAUCAAUUAGCUUGUUCUGUAUUAUGCCUACAUGAUGAAGGGAUCAUUCACCGAGAUUUGCAUUCUUGUAAUGUAUUGGUUCAUAAGAAAUCCAUCAAGUUGGCGGACUUUGGAUUAUCAAAAAGGAUUGACGAAGCAUCGAAUUCACAAUUAAAGUUACUUGGUAUGGUUCCCUAUAUUGAUCCAAAAGUAUUAAUGAAUAGCAAUAAUUUAAAAUUAAAUGAGAAGAGCGAUGUAUAUAGUAUUGGCGUUUUAUUAUGGGAAAUAUCAAGUGGGAAACCACCAUUUCAUGAAGAGAAAAAUAAUAUUGGCUUAAUCUAUGACAUUUCACAAGGCCGAAGGGAAGAAAUUAUUCCUGAUACUCCUAAUGAUUAUUCAAAUCUUUAUAUUGGAUGUUGGAAUAAUGAACCAAGUAAACGACCAAAUAUGCAUGAGGUUGUUAAUAGAUUAACAGUAUUUAUUUCAGAUUCAAAUAGCACAACAAUUGAUCAACAGAAUAACAUAUCUGAUCAAACUUAUCCUACGCCAAAUGAAAAUCUAACUCCAAAUAGUGCAGGAAAUUCAUCACAUGGAGAAUUAUCUCAAAUGAUUCAAAAUUUCACUAAUAUGAAUACAAGAGAAAUAGAUAGUAUGUCUAAAAAUGAACAAAUUAAUGAAAAUCUUUCACCUGAGAAAAAUUUAAGCAUUACGAUUAAUGAAAUAGUUGAUCUCAUUUUUAAGGAAAAUAUUAAAGAUAAUAUGAAGGUAGAACAGCAUGUUCUUGAUUAUUUGAAUAAUCAUAAUGUAAAUUCAAAAGAAAUUUAUAAUUGGUUAUUAAAUAAUCAAAACAAUCCAGAAUCUAUUUUUUUACUUGGUUAUUUUAAU